AUGCCGAUAUAUGCAAGAUUUAUUGAUGAAAAAGAUACUCAACAAAAAAACGCCGCGUUGGGGCAGCCUGCACAUUCGUCGUCCACAUAUUCUCUUGACAAGGGCGGGUAUGUGGCAAGUUGGGCUGUUGAUGGGAAGAUUGCAAACCUUGAACUGUGUUUUAUUUCCGAUUUUGAAUUAUCACCCUGGAUUCAAAUUAACUUAGGAGGACAUUACAUCAUAUCUUUUAUAAGAUUAUACAAUAGACAGGAUGUCUUAGAAGAGCGUCUUCAUGACUUGUCAUUGUUGGUGUCCCAGGACGGCUACAGUUUUACAGUUUGUGGAUUCUUUAAAGGACCUGGGAUAACCAAACAAGUUGUGGAGAUAUUAUGUGAAGAUAAUGUACUUAGAAACAUUGUGAGACUGCAGAUUACAGAUGGUUUAAAUAAUAUUCUUUGCUUGUGUGAGAUUGAAGUCAAUAUUUCUCUAUAA